CACUAAACAUCGAAGAUGUUAAAAGCAUGUUGUGAUUGUAUUUUUGGAUCAAAUAAUUCGGAUAAUAAUGAACGUGGGAAUGGUGUACCUCUAACACAAAUGAACGGGAGAUCGUCAUGGCAACAGCCACAAUGGCCAAGCACACAAUUGCUCACAGUUUCGUACCAACUAAGAGAAAACUUCACACUUAGGAUAACUGGUUCUAUGAUGAACCCUCCAAAAAGUUUGACAGUAAGCCUUGAGACUGGAGGCAAUAAUUUAGAUGAAAAUAUUGUUUGCCAAUUGGCUGCAAAAUUCAAUGAGAAUAAACUGUAUGUUAGUAAUGGAAAGAUUCAAAAUGGAGAAGGAUUGGACAACUCUAUGACUGCUGGUGAUUUAUUGAAUGGUUCAAACUUUGACAUUGGUUUUGGCUGCCGAGAUAACUACUACAUGGAUAUAUACACCUUCAGUUCAGAAAUACAACUGGUGGAACUAAAUACCAGUAUAGAUAACAUUAGAUACAUUAGUGUAGAUGGCAAUGUCAAUAAUAUUCAGUCAUUGAAUUAUAAUUUCGGAAAUGGAUUAAGAGGGGAUCAGAUUUAUGCAUUACCAGAAUGGCCGCGACCUAAAUGGCCCAAUGAUAAUUCAGUUGUAUUCCUGGUCCCAAGAACAUUGCAGCCCGAAAAUGUUAUCGCAAUAUCUGGAUCAAUGAUGGAUAACCCAAACAGUUUAACUAUAAGUCUUGUUACUGAACAAAGUAAUACAGAUAAUCAGAAUGUUUCUUGUCAACUGGAUGCCAGGUUUGACGAGAACACACUGCAAUUAAAAACAGUUAUGUAUGGCGAACUACAAGAUGUGAAAAAUGAUAACAGCAUAACACCAACUGAUUUGUUGGCAGGUUCAGAUUUCAACAUUUCAUUCACAUGCCGAAGUGGGAAUGGUGACAACUUUUUCGAUAUUUCAAAUCAUAGUUCUUACUUGGACCAAAUCCCUACUGGUCACGAUUUUAGUGAUAUCAGGUAUAUCGUAUUAGAGGGUAAUAUAGACCUCGUUAAAACAUUAGAAUUUCUACUGUAAGAACUUUGUAUAUUUAUUACAUAUUAAUUUAAGUUUAAUAUUGAUAGUAUUAUGUACCCACCACGUUUAUACCAGUGUUAAUGUUGUGUUUUAUUUGUUACUAUUUAAAUGACAUCAAAUUAAAAUUUGAGCAUAUUUAUAUUGUACACGAGUGUGACAAGCAGAUAUGACGACGUAUACAUAUUUAAAUGAAUGUUGUAUUUCUGUAUUAGCUAUUUCCCGCUUUAUUGUUUAGUUUUUUAAUGAGAGACAUACAUGUGUUUUGUAUAUGUAUAAGGUACGUUGUAAAUAUUUGGGUUGCGAAUGCAAAAUACAUCACAUUGAUUAGAACAUGUUGGUAGGAAUAACUCCUAAAUACGAUUUAUAUAUACUAAGUUAGAUAAGUUAUCAAGAUCGCGUUAUUUCGUUUGCGGCUAUGCCAAUUAUAAAUAAUUUUAAAUCGAUCUUUUAGCAAUUUCGGAAAAUCCUCUUAGUGUUCUCUAAGCACACUAUAAUCAGCUUUUCACGACCAAUGGUUCAUUUACGCGAUGUUACUUGCAAUCUUAUUAAAAUACUUAUAUAUUUUUUGUAGAGGUUUUAAUUAAUGCCAUAGCACAAGCGAGUCGUAUUUUAUAAUAUGAUGUUUGUAUAAUUUAAACUAGUCUCAUUACCAGCAUUUUUUAUUUGUAAAUAGUUUGUUAUUUAUUAAACCAAGAAAAUUCAUUCUGAUUCUGACGCCUUAUAUUGAAGUUUAUAAGAAAAAUAGCAGAAUAAAGAAAA